AUGAGCUCCUGGUUUAAUGACGAUGAUGAUGACGAGGGAGGAGAUGAGAAUAAGGCCAGAGGAAACUGGUCCAACAAACUGGAUUUUAUUCUGUCCAUGGUUGGCUAUGCGGUGGGAUUAGGAAACGUGUGGAGGUUCCCUUACCUCGCCUUCCAAAAUGGUGGAGGAGCCUUUCUGAUCCCCUACCUGACCAUGUUGGGCAUUGCCGGGAUCCCAAUCUUUUUGAUGGAGGUCUCCCUGGGCCAGUUUGCCAGCCAGGGGCCCGUGUCUGUUUGGAAAUGCAUCCCGGCUCUGCAAGGUUGCGGGAUUGCCAUGUUGAUAAUAUCUGUCUUGAUAGCCAUAUACUAUAAUAUUAUUAUGUGCUGGACACUGUACUACCUGUUCGCUUCGUUGAAGGGCUCACUGCCAUGGGCUAACUGUAGGAAUGAGUGGAACACGGUGGAAUGUAAGGACAAAGACAUGCUGCUGUUAGACACGUGCAUCCUUCGGGAGAAAAACCCCAUUUCCAUCAAGAACUCGACUUUCUGUCUGUCCGCCAACGCGGCGGGGAACCUGAGCAGGCUGCUGAACAUGACAGUGGACGGAAACAAGACCUACGGGAUUGAAUAUCCAGGGGACAUCCGCUGGGCUCUGGCCGGUUGCCUCUUCCUGGCCUGGAUAAUCGUCUACGCCUCCUUAGCCAAAGGAAUCAAGUCCUCAGGAAAGGUGGUUUAUUUCACGGCUACUUUCCCCUACGUGGUGCUGGUCAUCCUUCUGAUCAGAGGAGUGACCCUGCCCGGGGCCGGCGACGGCAUCCUUUACUUCAUCACACCCAAAUGGGAGAAGCUCAACGACGCAAAGGUGUGGAAAGACGCCGCCACUCAGAUCUUCUUCUCCCUGUCGGCCGCGUGGGGAGGCCUCAUCACGCUCUCCUCCUACAACAAGUUCCACAAUAACUGCUACAGGGACACCAUCAUAGUGACCUGUACCAACAGCGCCACCAGCGUGUUUGCGGGCUUUGUCAUCUUCUCGGUCAUCGGUUUCAUGGCUCACGAGCUGAAGGUGCCCAUAGAGAAGGUGGCAGAUGAGGGUCCGGGCAUCGCGUUCGUGGUGUAUCCAGAGGCUCUGACCAGACUUCCUCUGUCUCCUUUCUGGGCCAUCAUCUUCUUCCUCAUGCUCCUGACUCUUGGACUGGAUACCAUGUUCGCCACCAUCGAGACCAUCGUCACGUCUGUGUCAGAUGAGUUCCCCAAGUACCUGAGGAAGCACAAGCCGCUCUUCACACUCGGUUACUGUCUGGAGAGGUUUUGUGAGGACAUCGAGAUGAUGAUUGGUUUCCAGCCGAACCGAUUCUGGAGGGUGUGCUGGGCCUUUGUGACUCCCACCAUUCUGACGGGUAUCCUGGGACUGAGUCUGUACCAGUGGAAGGUGAUGACCUACGAGGACUACACCUACCCCACCUGGUCCAUGGUGAUGGGCUGGCUCAUGCGCCUGAAGCUGGUCUGCUCCCCUCAGCCCGACUGGGGCCCCUUCCUGAUGAAGCACCGCGGGGAGCGCUACAAAAACAUGAUGGACCCCUUAGGAACCAACUCCCUGGGUCUCAAACUGCCCCCCAAGGACUUCCAGCUGGGCUCCUACCAGUAGCAGCAGCAGAGAGGGGGGGGGGGGUGCCUGCUCCAGGGCUGUAUUCUCCUCCAUCUUUUCCCCUUUUUUUUUUCUCCUUCCGCUCCAUAUUUGUUCCCCCGGUUUCCUCUCCGUGUCGUGGGAUGUGGAAACAGGCUUU